AUGAUGAAGACCAUGAUGAAGAACUUUAUUCUUCUCCUGCUCCUGCUGUCAGACGUUUCCACUAUGGACCAUGUCCAGAAGAGAGUGUUAAAUGGUGUAGAUUGUGGUCCUAGUGAAGGGAAGCAUUAUGUGCUUCUUGUGUCAACUAUUCUGAAAACCAGUUUGUGUGGAGGAAAUCUAGUCAGUCCAAAAUGGGUCCUCACUGCUGCACACUGCCUAGAGGAGAAAUUUAAUGUGAUCUUAGGCAAACAUGGUGGAUCUAAAAAGGAAGUGGGCCCAGUUUACAAAAAAGAUGCCAAGAUUGCCGAGUUAACUAACGUUCAACAAGACAUGGCACUCUUUGAACUGCCUGUGACAUCAGAAACUGGACUGACGACGAUUGGUCUGCCGACUAACUGCCCCGCCCCAAAUACAGAGACGUACAGGCUGAUGGGCUGGUCUUCUACGAAAAAAAAAGGAUCUUUCAAGAAUGCAUUCAAAUUGGAUAUACCCAAGCAUCUGCAGUGUGCGGAUAUGAAACUUCAAGCUGAAUGUGUCCCGUUUACUGCCACUGAGAAACAGCUGAUUAAAUAUGGCCAAGAGAAAGUCAUUUGUGCCAAAGGUGAACAUGGUCAGAAAAAAGGGAAAGUUAAUGCUGGUGGAGCAGCUGUCUCUGGUGAUUCUGGGGGAAGUCUGGUCUAUAAUGAGAAUGGAACUCCAGUACUGUAUGGAGUGACUGUUGAAGGCCAUGGAGACCCAGAAGUGGAGUCUCGCUUUAUGGAUGUCUGUUCCUUUACAGAAUGGAUCAAAACUACAGCUGGUAUUCAAUAAACAACGAAUCUGUCAUUUGUAUCACAUGAAUGAUGUGACUGAGUGAAAUCAGUGAGUGU